AUGGCUCGCCUUCGUCCCGUGCCCGUGAACAAUUAUCAGGAGCCGUCGCCCAUCCGGCGUGUGCUGGACAGAGUCUUGGAGUUCUACAAGUGCCUCGUCGACAAUUUCGGUAGGCUCAAGUUGAAAUAUCUUCGGCUGUGCGAUCGAAUCAGCAGCUGGAGUCACCAUAGCUACGGCACUGGGCUGGCGAGCAUCGAUGAUUUGGCAGCCAGUUCGGAGACGCUCGACUUUAAGACGAGCAGGAUACGUUAUGUCGUCUGCCAUCCGACGGACAAUAAGCGCUGUCUGCUCACCAGCGACGAUAUGGCCCUGGUCUAUAAUGAUAUGCGCCUGAAGCCCUACUAUCUGGUAUCAUCGAAGCAGCGCAAUAUCAGCUGCGCCGCCUUUCGACCCUGGGACGGCAUUCACUUGGCGGUCGGCGGGGAGGGCGGGAUCAGCAUGUGGACGAUCUCGAAGGAGGGCGUCAAGACAAUGACCUGGUGCGGCUAUCGCGAGGAGGAGUUCAUCUACGAUCUGCAGUGGCUCCAGGGGGGCAGCCUCCUGGGCAGCGCCUCGCUGGGCAAUCAACGUAUACAGAUCUGGCAUCCGACCAUGAGGCUGGUGCUGCAGGAGCUCUAUAUGCCCGUCUCGGGCACCAACUGCUGGGCGCUGCGCCAUCCCCUGGACUUGAUGUACCUGAUCUACUACAUUAGGGAGCGCUGCGCUCUGUACGGCUAUCGCAACAACAUUGACGCCAUGAGCAACAAGCUGGUCAAGCGCAUGCCCCUGCAGACGGCCGCGUGGACAGGCAAGGGCAACCACCUGCUCUAUGUGCCCAAGGGCUCCAGCAAGGUGAUGGGCGCCAGCGCGAGCAAGGACUUUGGCUUCUUCAAGCAGCACCAUAAGGUGUGGACCACCAGGGAGGUCAUCGAUCUGGGCCGCUUCCUUUGCAACUGGAACCAAUGCAUGGGUGGCCCCAUCAACUCGAUGGCCGUGGAUCCCGUUCAUGUUUACGCCACGUUCACGUUCACAAACCAGUCGUUCGUGCUGCUCUGCAUCCUGCACACUCCCUUCAACUGCACCAUCAAGCUGCAGCCACUUCAGAUCAUCAGUUGCCCCGUGCCCUGCCCGCGCAGCCGGCCCAGCUGCCACGCCUUUGGCAAUUCACGUUUCUCGGGCGAUAAUAUUGAGCGUUGCCUGGUCAUCUGCUGGUCCUCGAGCCACUUGCAGAUUGAGGAGCUCACGGCCCAGACUCGGGAGGACGCUCUGCUGUUUCAGGAGCACGAAAUACCAUUUGCAAAUCGCAUUUACCAGAUUGGGACGAAAUAACUUUGUUUAAAAUUUUUGAUUCUUUUUCCUUUGCUCU